GAAUCAGCAGUGCCGGUAUACAAGAAAAUGUGGGGUUUCAUGUACGAUACAUACAUGCAGCAGCGUCGUGGACAACUACACAGUAAUACCUCGGAUACGGUAAUGGUGAACACAUAUGCUGAGGGAAUCGACAAAGUACGCCGGAGCAAGGGUCGUUAUGCGUUUCUUCUGGAAGAGACGGCAAACGAAUACGAGAAUACAAGAAAGCCGUGUGAUACGAUGAAAGUUGGUGCUAAUCUAAAUUCACUCGGAUAUGGUGUGGCAACCAAAAUCGGCAAUCCCUUGAGAGAGAGCAUAAAUUUUGCAAUAUUGUAUUUGCAUGAAAAAGGCGAGCUGAAGCGUCUGGAGAACAAAUGGUGGUAUGAUCGUGGACAAUGCGACCAAGGAAUGAUGUCGGUCAGCCAUCUCUCCAUAUUAUUGCUUCCAUUUGCAUUGCUUACUGACUGAAU